AUGUCCUUCAUAUUCAUUAAAAUUAUCCAUCGCCGAGCGCGGUCGUUGCCACUCGCCUCACUCUGCCAUGGCCAGCAGGCACAUCUCGCCUCGCCGUUGCGUCCACAAAGACCGCCGUCGUCCGCUGCGUCUACUACGGAGACGAAACGAUCUGGAACCCCUUCCAUCGUCGAGACGGCCCUCUGCUUCCACCUCCGGCCACCGAAGGCCGCCGCCGUCGUUCUGCUGCACCGAGCCUCCCCCGAGCCCGCUCAUGCACAUCUGCAGGUCCACGACCCCGUGGCGGCUGCCGAUGCCGCUGUAAUCGACUACGUCACCGACGACCCCUCCAUCUUGUCUGAGCAACCAGAUGGUGGAGUCCAGGAGCCAGAUGCCACCUUUGACGACUACUACUACACCGAGGGCGUCUACUACCACAUGACGGAGACCGCCGAUGACCAGGAGUAGUUAGGAGGCUCCCAAGCAGGAGGCCUUGCCUUUUCGAUCAUAGAUGCUUUUGUGCUAGCCUUCUUAAGGCAAACUUGUCUAACUUAUGUCUGUACUCAGAUAUUGUUGCUUUCGCUGACUCUUGUGUUUUCGAGCUUAUGUAUUCGAGCCCUCGAGGCCCCUGGCUUGUAAUAUAAAGCUUGUAUUUUUUUAA